AUGGCGAUCUUGGAGAUGGGCUGCAAGCAGCGCGUUCAAGAGGCCUUUCAGCAUCUGAUGUCAGUCCUGGCAACGGAGGAGGAUCGUCUGUCAAUGGAGUGGCGGAAGGUGGAGGAGCAGAAGCAGGAGGCCAAUCUCCAGACGAAGAUGGCCCAAGACCUGAUGUCCGAGGCGCGCGCCAUCCUCGAGGUCUCCAUGGCUGCCCUCCCCGGUCCGAUUUACGCGGAUGCAGUGGCGGUCGAGAUCGAUCUGGAGGCGGACGACGAACCCCAAAUGACGUAUCCUUCGUGGUGGAAAUGCAAGCACGCCGCAAAGGUUGUCGACUGGGAGAGGCUGCUACUGUCCACCAUUGACGCAGGCGAGUACGUGUACACCGUCUACGAGAAGGCAGGUAAUCGGCAGUACUGCUCGAUAGACCUUUACUUACUUCAGGCCGCCGAGCGCCCCACCCACAAUCAGUGGGAGCGAGCCGUCAACCUCGUCAUGAGACACCGCCUAAGGACGUUAGAGUGGUGGGCGGACGUUUUACAGAUGGACGUACGCCGCCUCACCAAACUGGGGUCCGAGCAUUUGCUCCUCCAGUGGAUGCGCAAACCCUCCGCGGCAAGACGACGACUCCAGUGA